GUGUGCUGAUGUCCACGUGUCUGUUUGCAGUAUGAUUUGGAAUCAUUUGCUCAGGAUGGAACUCUCUCUCUCAUUGACCGAAGAGUGAUUUCCUGCGGCAGGCUGGGCUCGGAGGAGCGUUUGUAAGGCGAAAGGCGCGGCCCUUCGGUGACUGUGCUGUCUGACAGCUUUCCUUGCCUGCAGUGGUGGCCGAGCGCUCGUCGCUGGGAUGGCGGAGGAGCCGCGGGCUCAGCGCGCUGCCCCGGAGGCGCCGCGGCCGCCGCGCGGCAGCAGCACGUACCGCAGCGCCGAGCACUCGCAGGCGCUGCUCCGCGGGCUGCUCUCCCUGCGCGACAGCAGCAUCCUCUUCGAUGUGGUGCUGCGGGUGGAGGACAAACCCAUCGAGGCUCAUCGCAUCCUGCUGGCUGCGUCCUGUGACUACUUCAGAGGAAUGUUUGCAGGAGGAUUGAGAGAGAUGGAACAAGAAGAAGUUCAUAUUCAUGGCAUCUCCUACAAUGCAAUGUGCAAAAUCUUGAACUUCAUUUAUACUUCUGAGCUGGAACUCAGUGUGAACAGUGUACAAGAAACUUUAGCUGCAGCCUGUCAACUUCAGAUUCCAGAAGUCAUUAAGUUCUGUUGUGAUUUCCUCAUGUCCUGGGUAGACGAAGAGAACAUCCUUGACGUGUACAGACUAGCUGACCACUAUGACUUGAGGCAUUUGAGUGAACAGCUGGACUCCUACAUUCUGAAGAACUUUACAGCUUUCUCAAGGACACAAGUGUACCGACAGCUACCCCUGCAGAAGGUCUACUCCCUUCUCAGCAGCAACCGUUUGGAGGUUAACUAUGAGUUUGAAGUUUAUGAUGGAGCACUUUUUUAUCAUUAUUCUCCAGAGGAACUGGAGACAGAUCAGGUGUCCCUGAUGGAGCCCCUUAAGCUACUUGAGACUGUUCGUUUUCCUCUGAUGGAACCUCAGAUCCUGCAAAGGCUUCAUGACAAAUUAAGUCCAUGUCCUUUAAAAGAUACAGUUGCAGAUGCAUUAAUGUACCACAAGAACGAAUGUCUUCAGCCAAUGCUUCAGAGCUCCCAGACACAGCUGAGAUCAGAGUUCCAGUGUGUAGUGGGAUUUGGAGGGAUGCAUUCUACUCCAUCCAUUGUCCUCAGUGAUCAAGCCAAGUAUCUAAACCCCUUGCUGGGGGAGUGGAGGCACUUUACAGCUGCACUGGCCCCCAGAAUGUCCAACCAAGGGAUUGCUGUUCUCAAUAAUUUUGUGUAUUUAAUUGGUGGAGACAACAAUGUAAGUGGUUUUCGAGCAGAGUCAAGGUGUUGGAGGUAUGACCCACGACACAACAGAUGGUUCCAGAUCCAGUCCCUGCAGCAAGAGCACGCUGACCUCAGCGUUUGUGUCGUGGACAACUAUAUUUAUGCCGUCGCAGGCCGAGAUUACCAUGAAGACCUGAGGGAAGUGGAGAGGUAUGACCCUAAAACCAACACUUGGGAAUAUGUGACACCUCUGAAGAAGGAGGUGUACGCGCACGCGGGAGCGGCGCUGGAUGGGAAGAUGUACAUCACGUGCGGGAGGCGGGGAGAGGAUUACCUGAAGGAGCUGCAGUGCUAUGACCCAAGGACUGACCGCUGGGAUGUCCUGGCUGAUGGCCCAGUGAGGCGGGCGUGGCACGGCAUGGCUGCUCUGCUGGGGAAGCUCUACGUCAUCGGGGGCAGCAACAACGACUCUGGCUACAGGAGGGACGUUCACCAGGUUGCCUGCUACAAGCCAAGCACUGAUCAGUGGACAAACGUCUGUCCACUUCCUGCAGGACAUGGAGAGCCAGGCAUCGCUGUCCUGGACAACAGGAUUUAUGUCUUGGGAGGCAGAUCCCACAACAGGGGAAUCCGCAUGGACUACGUCCACAUUUAUGAUGCAGAGAGAGACUGCUGGGAGGAGGGACCCCAGCUGGAGGAUGAUAUUUCUGGGAUGGCUGCCUGUGUCCUCACUUUGCCCAGGGCUAUUUUAAUGGAAACAGAGAAGUGGCUCUCAGAAUGGCACGCAGACCGAAUGAAGCAUCAUCUUGACUUUCCAUCAGAAGUUAUGAGUGUAUCAGAUUGGGAGGAAUUUGACAACUCAAGUGAAGAUUAGAAAACUUUAAUUUUAUUUUUUUUUUCCAGUGGAUGAGGAAAUUAAGGCUUGGGGAAAGUACUUGAGAGAUUUUUUAUGUCUUUCUUAUAUACUUAAAAGUAUUUAAAGGUUUUAAAAAUAAGUGUUCCGCACAAAAUGCCAUUGACAGUCAAUAUAUACCCAUCUGCAAGUGUUCUGCACAAAAUGCACUUACAGUACCUGCCCACUGCCAGAAAGCUGUGUUUUUAAAGUAACCACACAACUGCCAUUUUCCCCCAGAUGUAUAGAGGUUCUUGUACUUUGAAGGAGGCUUUUCUCAGCCUUCAGCAUGGACAGAAAAAAAGCACAGAAGGCUCAGCUUGACUAGCUUCUUUCCUUCCAGCUUUUAGCUCAAAAUAGCUUCUUGAGAUUUUUUUUUCCUUUUCUUUUGGGUAAUAAAACUUCCUAGCCAGCUUAAUACAGGAAGGUAACACCUAGUGCUGCCCUCCUGUGCCAGGUGUCAGACAGCUUGAUUAGUUUUUCAGCAAGAGUGAACAUACAGAAACAGGAACAGUAGCAAGAAAGUCUGAACCUUCAUCUGGGCACGCAGCCAUCCUUGUAACUGGCUGAGAGUCUGUGAACUGACACCCACUCCUGAACUUCUAUACUGCAAGUUUUGUCAACACAGUGGAAAGAUUUCUAGAAAAAUCUCUCUGUACAGAAUAUGGCAAUCUCAUCAUUCCACUGUCAGACACAUUUGUUCUCAACCAUAAAUUA